AGAGAGGAGAGCUGGGGAGAGCGAGAGCAAAGAGUGAGAGCAAGGGAGAGGAGGGAGAAAGACACACGCACGCAGAGACACACGGUCACUGGAAUUCCAUUAGAAAAAAGUGAGCCGAGCAAGGGUUAGCGGAAGAAGAUUUUUUAGAAUCUUGUCUUCGUCUUGCUGAGAAAGAAGCGACUCCGGUCUCUGGUCCUUGAAGCUCCGACUGGAUUGUUCCUGGGCGCUGACACCGGAGAAAGACAAAAAACGGUGGGAUUUGUUUAACAUGAUCUUGGCAAACGCCUUCUGCCUCUUCUUCUUUCUAGACGAGACCCUCCGCUCUUUGGCCAGCCCUUCCUCCCUGCAGGGCCCCGAGCUCCACGGCUGGCGCCCCCCAGUGGACUGUGUCCGGGCCAAUGAGCUGUGUGCCGCCGAAUCCAACUGCAGCUCCCGCUACCGCACGCUGCGGCAGUGCCUGGCCGGCCGCGACCGCAACACCAUGCUGGCCAACAAGGAGUGCCAGGCGGCUCUGGAGGUCUUGCAGGAGAGCCCGCUCUACGACUGCCGCUGCAAGCGGGGCAUGAAGAAGGAGCUGCAGUGCCUGCAGAUCUACUGGAGCAUCCACCUGGGGCUGACCGAGGGUGAGGAGUUUUACGAAGCCUCCCCCUACGAGCCGGUAACCUCCCGCCUCUCCGACAUCUUCAGGCUUGCUUCAAUGUUCUCAGGGACAGGGGCAGACCCAGUGGUCAGCGCCAAGAGCAACCAUUGCCUGGAUGCUGCCAAGGCCUGCAACCUGAAUGACAACUGCAAGAAGCUGCGCUCCUCCUACAUUUCCAUCUGCAACCGCGAGAUCUCACCCACCGAGCGCUGCAAUCGCCGCAAGUGCCACAAGGCCCUGCGCCAGUUCUUCGACCGGGUGCCCAGCGAGUUCACCUACCGCAUGCUCUUCUGCUCCUGCCAAGACCUGGCGUGCGCCGAGCGCCGCCGGCAAACCAUCCUGCCCAGCUGCUCCUACGAGGACAAGGAGAAGCCCAACUGCCUGGACCUGCGUGGUGUGUGCCGGACUGACCACCUGUGCCGGUCCCGGCUGGCCGACUUCCAUGCCAAUUGUCGAGCCUCCUACCACACGGUCACCAGCUGCCCUGCAGACAAUUACCAGGCGUGUCUGGGCUCCUAUGCUGGCAUGAUUGGGUUUGACAUGACACCCAACUACGUGGACUCCAGCCCCACUGGCAUCGUGGUGUCCCCCUGGUGCAACUGUCGUGGCAGCGGGAACAUGGAGGAGGAGUGUGAGAAGUUCCUCCGGGACUUCACCGAGAACCCGUGUCUCCGGAACGCCAUCCAGGCCUUUGGCAACGGCACGGAUGUGAAUGUGUCCCCUAAAGGGCCCUCAUUCCAGGCCACCCAGACCCCUCGGGUGGAGAAGACGCCUUCUUUGCCAGAUGACCUCAGUGACAGCACCGGCCUGGGGACCAGCGUCAUCACCACCUGCACGUCUGUCCAGGAGCAGGGGCUGAAGGCCAACAACUCCAAAGAGUUAAGCAUGUGCUUCACAGAGCUCACGACAAAUAUCAUCCCAGGGAGUAACAAGGUAAUCAAACCUAACUCAGGCCCCAGCAGAGCCAGACCGUCGGCUGCCUUGACCGUGCUGUCUGUCCUGAUGCUGAAACUGGCCUUGUAGGCCCUGGGAACUGAGUUGGAAGAUUUUCUAAAGCUACGCAGACAAGAACACCUGCCUGAUGAAAUGGAAACACACACAGACAUACACACACCUUGCAAAAAAAAAUUGUUUUUCCCACCUUGUUGCUGAACCUGUCUCCUCCCAGGUUUCUUCUCUGGAGAAGUUUUUCUAAACCAAACAGACAAGCAGGCGGGCAGCCGUAGAGCUGGCACAGGGGUCCCCUGGCUGGGGACACCCUGGUGCUGAAGAGGGCACGACGCUCUAGAAAUGCCCUUCACUUUCUCCUGGUGUUUUUCUCUCUGGACCCUUCUGAAGCAGAGACCCGGACAAGCGCCCUGCAGUGGAAGGGACUCGGGGCUAUGCCCGAGGCUGGCUGGGGGCAGGACCACACAGCUGCUUCCCCAAGCUGUCUAUUCUGGGGACCUGCUGGGGGCUGGCAGAGGGCAUUGGUCAGUGGGGCAGCAGAGUUGGCCAUGGGGGUCCACCUUCAGCCCCUGGGCUUCAAGGAUGGAGAUGGUUCUGCCCUCCGUCUCUGCCCUUGGGUGCAGCUGGUGGGUCUGCAGCUGGUGUGGGAACCCCCCACGGAUGCCGGUGGAGGGGGUUAGCCCUGUGCUGGGCUCCCCCUGACUGUAGCCUGAAGUGGUGGGGCUGGGGACCAGCUCCAGGAGGACUUGGGAGCUCAGCCUGCCUGGGAGAGCCCCUCGUGGGGAGGCAGCAAAACUUGGGCACCAGCUUCUUUCUCAGUGGCAGAAAUUUUGAAGUCAGAAAGAAAUGAUCCUUUGGUGGCUUUUUUUGGUUUUUCGUGGGUCCUUUUGGCAGGUCUCCCUUUGGAGAGAGGAAGAGGAGAGACCACAGCCGGGCGUGUGUCUGUAGCACCUGGUCCUCGAGCUCUCCUGCUCUCUUCUCCCUCCUCAUCCUCUCCACGUUCUCUUUCCUAAUUUCCUAGAUACACGUCAGCUGUACGUACGCACCGGGGCGCCUCUCCUAACAUAUAUGUAUAUACACAUCCAUAUACAUAUAUCGUGUGGUUUCCCCUUUCUUUCCUUUUUUUAAACAACAAAACUAUGGAAAUCAUACCCAACAGAUGAGCGAAAAUGUAUUAUUGUAAAGUUUAUUUUUUUUAAUACUGUUGUCUAUACCGGGGAAAAAGGACAUUGCCCCCCAGCGCCCUGCUCCAGUCAGGCUGGCUGGGCCCUGGUGGGGCCCCUAACCCGCAUUCACGCUUAACCAAGGCUCCAAUAAACGUUCUAGGAAGCAA